AUGACAACUAUCACAUGGUCAUCACAAUGUCUGGAAAAGCCUCGAAUAAUCACCUUUCCAGAACCUCCAGUAAAGGGACGAUUCAAAAUUGAAAUGCCAAAGCCGCAAGAAACACCGAAUCUGAAUUUGGACGACAAAUGCAAGAUCAAGUUGACAAAUGAUUCGGAAGAGAUAGAGAUCGCGGCUAAGGAUUUGGAGGUCCUCGAGGAGUUGGGUAAAGGCGGCUACGGAGUAGUGGAAAAGAUGAGACAUCGACAAUCCGGUAUCAUCAUGGCGGUUAAGCGGAUCUCAUCUUCUAUCAACGACGAAUCUCAGAAGCGUAUGCUAACUGAACUAGAUGCGUGUAAAAGGAGUGACUGUUGUCCACAGAUGGUGCGAUUCUACGGUGCAAUGUUCCGAGAAGGCGAUGUGUGGAUCUGCAUGGAAGUGAUGGAUACAUCGCUGGACAAGUUCUACAAGAAAUGCAAUGCGCUUGGCCGGAAACUUCCAGAGCCUUUUAUUGCAAAAGUUACACUAUCCGUUGUAGAAGGGUUGAACUUCAUGAAGGAGUACAUGAAUCUCAUUCAUCGCGACGUAAAACCCUCGAAUAUACUGUUAAAUCGGCACGGGCAAGUGAAGAUUUGUGACUUUGGGAUUUCUGGACACCUCACUAACAGUCUUGCCAAGACAGUUGCGGUUGGCUGCAAAUUUUACAUGUCACCGGAACGAAUAGACGGAGUCAUGAAAGGUUCUUACGAUGUUAGAGCGGAUGUGUGGAGCUUGGGCAUCACAUUGGUUGAGAUUGCUACUGGUAACUAUCCUUAUGACAUUUGGGUGACUCCUUUCCAGCAGCUUAAUCAGGUGUUCGAGGAGCCAGCUCCCCGAUUGCCAUCAGAUGGUUCCUUCUCGGCUGACUGCCAAUAUUUCGUCCAACGCUGUCUGGAGAAGGACCCUCUCGAGCGUCCUAAAUACCCCGAACUUUUGGCCAUGCCAUUCCUCAAUAGCGCUAGGAACGAGAAGCAAUUCAGUAUGGCCAAAUUUGUUGUCGAGAUCCUAGAUGCUCCGCAACCUCCUCAACCCCCGACGAAGAAACGCGUGUGA